GGUGCGGAGGGGCGGGGCAGGAGCCUCGAGAUCGGCUCACGGAAGCCUACGGAGCAGAGACGCCCGGGUCCCUGCUGGCGACAGCCCGUCCCUCCAGUCUUCUGCAGCUGAUGUGCAGCUCGGCUCUCUCGGGGAUCCUGGGGCUCUGACUUGGUGCAGGUCUGACAAGCGGACCCGCACUGGGGCACUGGGACGACUGAGCGUUCCAGAAGGCUCCUGCAGCACUUACCGCGUAGCCGGCGGGCGCAGUUUGCGGUACUCCUCUGGGCUCCGCCCCCUCCGCCGCAAGGCCCCGCCCCGAGGUGGAGCUACUCUAGGUCCCGCCCCAGAGAGCACUUCCGGCUCAGCGGAACUCGGUGCGCCGGCCUGGGUUCCCGGCGGAUUCCGCCUGUGGUCAAGGCCCCAUGAGCGCGGCGCCCCUGGUGGGCUACAGCAGCAGCGGCUCGGAGGAUGAAGCCGAGGCCGCCACCGCGGGGCGGAGCAAGCCCAGGUCUGGGGUCCGCCGCUGUGGCCAGAACCCCCUUCCCACUCAGAGGUUUCCAGUGCCUGACAGUGUGCUCAGCAUGUUCUCUAGCACCGAGGAGGGGCCUGAGGAUGACAGUACAAAACAUGGAGGACGCAUUCGGACCUUUCCCCAUGAGCGGGGCAACUGGGCCACCCACAUCUACAUACCGUAUGAAGCGAAGGAAGAGUUCCUGGAUCUGCUUGACAUGAUGCUGCCCCGAGCUCAGACAUUCGUGCCCCGUCUGGUGCGGAUGGAGGAGUUCCACCUCAGCCUGUCUCAGAGUGUGGUUCUCCGCCACCACUGGAUCCUCCCCUUCGUGCAGACGCUCAAAGACCACAUGGCCUCUUUCCAAAGGUUCUUCUUUACUGCCAACCAGGUAAAGAUUUAUACCAACCAAGAGAAAACCAGGACCUUCAUGGGGCUUGAGGUCAGUUCCGGGCAUGCCCAGUUCCUGGACAUGGUUUCAGCAGUGGACAGAGUCAUGGAGGAAUUUGACCUCACUACCUUCUACCAGGACCCUUCAUUUCAUGUCAGUCUGGCCUGGUGUGUGGGUGACGCACGUCUCCAGCUGGAGGGACAGUGCCUGCGGGAACUACAGGAGACCCUCGGCCCUCCCUCCCUGCUCAGAUGUCAUCCCUGAGCCAGCAGCAGCAACAUCUGGGAGCUGAGCAGCUCUGCAGGUACUCUUGCCUUACCCAGACCCAGGCAGCAGAACUGCACUGUAACAAAAUCUCCGGGGCUUUGGGUGUCCGGCUUUACACCUGACACGUGAUGAGGGUCAGGCCCCCACCCCACCCCUGCCCCCUCCAGAGGUUUGGGUGUGGCAGUUGUAAAUGGAGGAAGGAUGCCAGGUCCCAGGAACCUCCAGCCCCUCCCCCCCAGAGCCUGUUACAUCCUGGGUUUUACUUUUGAGUCGGGGUCUCACAAUGUCUCCUAAUUGGCCUGGAACUCACUGUAGAGCAGGCAAGCCUCAGACUCGCAGUGUCCUCUCUCAGAGUCUGAGACUGCAGGCAUGUGCCACCGCGCCUGGCUCCCUUUAGAUAGGUGACCUUCCUGUCAGUGCCCUGCAAGAGCUCACAGUGCCCAUGCACAGGGCCUGGCAGGGCCUGAAGGCAGGCCACAGUGUGGCCCUUCGUUGGUAGCACUCCUGUUUUUCUCAAAAGAAGCCAGAAAUCUGUAUUUUUAUGUGCAGAUUUUUAUGGAAAAAUCUUCUGAUUUUUCCAGUGUUGGCAACUGAUUUGGAUUUUAUUUAUUUUUAUAUUAUUAUUUUUUUUGGUUUGUUUUUUCAAGACAUGAUCUCUUUUUGUAGACCAUUCUGUCCUCGAACUCUAAGCAAUCCACCUGCCUCUACCUCCCGAGUGCCUCAUUUGGGUUUUUUAAAAGUACUUUGCAAGUCAAAAUCUCUGCAGGCCAUGGGCCAUCAUCUCUGUAGGCACCUUCCCCUUGGCCUGAUCAUGUGGAAGGCAACAAAGAGCUCUGAUGUCUAGCUCCAGGAGAGCCCAGUCCCAAACUAAUCCAAACUUCAUGGUAGUCACCAUCCCCAGUGCACUGUGUGGGUCCUCCUCGGGCCCUACCUCACAUGAUUGUAAGGUGACUGGACAAGAUAAUGAUUGCAGAGCCUGGAGUCUGCAUGACCUAGGUCCCUCUCAGUAUUGCCUGUUUACCAGACUGGUGUGUUUGUGGUGCUUCUGGGUCUGAUUUCCCUUAACGUGGCUGUCAUCUCCCUGCUGCUGGCUGAAGGAAAUCGUGGAUGAGUUUGAAGACUCUGAGAUGCUGUUGCGUGUGCUGGCUGAGCAGGUCCGCUGCAA